AUGGCGUCAUGGAACAUGAAGAUGAUGGUGUGUGCUUUUGCCACACUUCUGGUGCUGGUAUGUAUCCUUCUCGGUGUGAUCAUAUGUCUUGCUAAAAGCCCCAAUGGCCUCCAUCCACCCGAGUGCCCAGAAGAAUCUUUCACCAAAGGUGCUGUGGCUGCGGACAACGAGAAGUGCUCAGAGAUCGGACUGAAAAUACUUAGACAAGGCGGCUCAGCUGUAGAUGCUGCCAUCGCUGCACUUCUGUGCACAGGCAUUAUGAACCCGCACACCGCGGGGAUCGGAGGAGGCUCCAUUUUCACCAUCAUGGACAAAUCUGGUGAUGUGAAGAUCAUUAACUCCAGGGAGGCCGCACCCUUCAGUGUUGUUAGAGAUCUGCUCAAGUCCUGCCCCAAGGAUUCUUCAAAGGCUACGGGAACAAAGUGGAUUGGUGUUCCGGGGGAAAUUCGAGGCUAUGAAGUGGCUCACAAACUUUAUAAGAAACUGAACUGGUCAGAUCUGUUCAAGGAGACCAUCAAGCUGGCCAGAGAGGGAGUCCAUAUUUCUCUAAUCCUGGGCUCCUACCUCCCACAGAUUAACGAAACUGAGUCCCUGCGAAAACUAUAUUCAGAUGAAAAUGGAAACCUGCUGAAGCAUAGAGACGUGAUCAAGUAUGAGAAACUGGCCGACACUUUGGAGCUGAUUGCAAAUGAAGGACCGGACGCCUUCUACAGCGGAACGAUAGCAAAGGACUUAAUCAAGAUUUCAGUUUUUUUCCCAGGAGGAAACCUUGAAGAGAAGGACUUCGAAUUAUAUAAUGCCACAGAGACUGAUGCAUGGGUUGUCCCGGUGGGAAAGAACUAUCAGAUGUACAUACCUCCACCCCCAUCAGGAGGAUCACUCCUUAGACUCGUCCUCGACUUCAUGAAAGAGUAUGAAAACAAACCGGCCCCUCGGUCUGUUGAAGAAAAAACAAAAUUUUAUGGCCGCUAUGUUGAAGCUCUUAAAUGGGCUAAUGACUUAAGGAAGUGUAUUCGGGAUCCACGCUUUUUUUUUCGGAAGAAGGCAAAGGAAAUGACAGAUAUUAACUUUGCAGACAACCCAAAUGACAUCUGUGCACAUAAUUCCAGUCAAUACAAAUUCAGCUGCAGUUAUGAGAGUGUGGGUACCACACACAUGUCUGUGGUGGACCAAUAUGGAACAUUUGUCGCCGUCACCAGCAGCAUCAAUGCCAUAUUUGGCUCCAGGGUCUACUCUCCAAACACUGGAAUCCUCCUCAACAACCAGCUGGCUGACUUUUGUGGAGUAGUGACAAAUAUCACUCCAGAGGAGCGCCCCCCCUCCUCCAUGGCCCCUGCUGUGCUGAAGCCUAUUUCCUCUACAUCUAAGUUCAAGACACUGGUGAUUGGAGCGAGUGGUGGAAGAAUGAUUACGACAGGAAUAGCAUCUGCUGUCAUCAACCACCUUUGGUUUGGGAAGAGCCUCAAAGAGGCGAUUGAUGCUCCUGUUCUCUUUGUUCACUCUAACAGCACAGUGAAGUUCGAACCCGGCAUACACAGAGGUAUAAUUAAAGAGCUUGAAGCGUUGGGACACAACCAGAUGUCUGAUGAUUUCUACAAUGUUGUUAACGCUGUGGAGAAAAACAAUGGCUACAUCUGUGCUGUGUCUGAUGACAGGAAACUGGGAAAAGCAGCUGGAUACUGACACCAGCAGUCAGUCAUGCUGGUCAUGGAGGAUGUUCUGAAAAGGACUGAGAUCUUCCUGCAGCAGAAGUUGUCCGUUGUUUUUAAACGUCAUUGAACAACAAGCGGAGAAACGGGUUUAGUUUGCUGAGUGUUUGCUGUAACGUGGCUUUAUGUGUCUGGAAUGAGCUGACAGACUGCACCAAGAUGUUAGCAGGGAAAAAAUAUGUUUAUGUAGGAGGUAGACUUA